CAGGGCUGAAGGCAGUAAUGCCGUGAGCGUGAAGUCCUCCAGCUGAUCGUCUGGACUUAGAAAAACACUUCAACUGGCAGAUAAAAGUCAUUUGGCCCUGGAAUUAAUGAAGUUUUCCAGAUAAAAAUUCCAGUUUAUGAUCCGGGACCUGUACUGGUUUCAGGAAUCUAGUGGUGUCCUGGAAUUUUACUGUGAACAAAGUGGUUAGGGUGUGCCUUGAGUGUUUAUUUACGUGCGUGAAGACCUCGAGCUGUCAGUCGUACGUCUGCGAACGUCCUCAAGGACAUUGACAAGGAGCUCAUAUUUUUGGGUGAUUUCUGAGGGAAAUGGGAUCGCUGACGAGUAGACAAAAUGCUGGAGUCGAGGAGGUGGACAUUGUGGCCAAUCAUGCGUACAAAUAUCCUCCCCGAUCAGGAAGUUACUUUGGAAGCCACUUCAUCAUGGGUGGAGAACGUUUCGACACACCUCAGCCGGAGGCCUACCUGUUCGGCGAGAACGCCGACCUGAAUUUCCUGGGGAGUCGUCCGACUCCAUUCCCAUAUCCUCCACCCCAGGCAAAUGAUCCCACGAAAACCCUGAAGAGUCUCAUAAACAUCAGGAAGGAAUCCCUCAGGUUGACGAGGAGCUCCGAUCAACACCCAACGUCUUCAGAGUCCAAUGACACCAUCAAUGCUAUCAAACACUUUGGCGAGAAUGACGUUGACAAAAAAACCACUAAAUUCAAUAUCGAGUUCAUCUUCGACUGUGAUGUAAGAUGUGCAAUAACUAUUUAUUAUUUCUGUACCGAGGAGGUCACCACCAAGGGCGUCACGUACACACCCCGCGAUCCAUCGAUGAAUUCCGAGACCUUUCACUACAAGAAAGGUGCCAAUCAGCUGUUCACCCAGUCCUCCCACGUAUUCGACCCUACCCUCUACAACGAAGAGGACCUGACAUACAACAUUGAGCGCGAGAUAAUUCCAAUAGCGAUCCACUGCGUCGCAGAAGAGGGUUCAGACGAGCCCCGUCAGUCCCACACGACAAUAGCCGUCAUCGAGAAGCAUUCGGACGGCUCCUACAUCCUGAAAGCCCUCAAGCAGAAGCUCUACGUCGACGGUCUCUGCUAUCUCCUCCAGGAGAUCUACGGAAUAGAGAAUAAAAAUACGGAGAACACGAAGCAACAGGGAAGCGACGACGAUACCGAGGACAAUGGCUCUGAAUGUGUCAUCUGUAUGUGUGACGUUCGCGACACCCUGAUUCUACCCUGCAGACAUCUGUGCUUGUGUUAUGGCUGUGCGGACUCUUUGAGGUAUCAGGCAAACAACUGUCCCAUCUGCAGGGCGCCCUUCCGAGCUCUCCUCCAGAUCAAAGCACUCCAGAAGGCGACGGGAGUGGUAAUUUCCAGUCCACCACUUCCUGAGGGUAAUUGUGAGAAUAUUCCGUCGGGGUAUGAAGCCGUGUCCUUGAUCGAGGCUCUGAAUGGCCCGUACACACCCAGAACAGCAGCUCUACCCCCAGACUCACCAGAUACACCAGACACCGACACUGCCAGUGCCAUUCAGGCUGCCGAAGUCCUGAACAGAUCAGCUGAGCGGACGCCAGUGCUGAAGCAUGCAAAUCAGAAAGAGGGUGACCUUGGUGUAUCAUCAAGAUCAGGGGGUGUCACUCCCUGUCCAACCCCCGAAUUCCGAAUGUCCGUUCUCCUCGCGAGAGAUGGAACACCGAUGGGCCCGAAGGAUCUGCACGGAAGAUCACCAGGGGUCAGAGCCAAAGUUCAGGGUCACUGUCGUGAUAAGACUGGUCACAAGGGGAGGGAUAUGCUGCGAUUGGUGAAUGAAAAACAAUCGCCUGUUUAUGAAAGCCAGGGUCAGGACGAGGACAGCGAAGCUGAGAAACUCUCGCCCCUGUUGGACUCAGCAAUCACCAAUGAUAAUCACUCAAAUCAUCGAAUUUGUGAUAUUGACCUCGAUGAUGACGUUCCUAAUGCUGAGACAGAGGGCGAUACGGAUAUGAAUUGUCAUUCCCAUUGACAAAGGCGGAUAAAUGUCUACACGAAUUUAAUGUCCGAGUCGCCCCUCAUUCGGAAAAUGCAAAAUCAAUAUUGAGGAGAUGGGGGUGAUUAAGGGCCUCAUCGGACGGCUGGGAAUAUUCUUGGUUCCAAUCGCUGGUCAUGAGUCCAUUUUGCUAGUUUUCUGAUAUUCGUUAACAACUUUCAAUUGAAAGUUACAAAAGAGCAAAAAUGACGUUAUGACCAGAGUUCUGGUUACAAAUAAAAGGAGGAUCCUUAAAGGUCAGGUAAAAGGGCAAUAAACAAACUGUUUUGGGGUCUGCUAGAACCCCAGAUUGAGAGGGAAAGGGGUAAAAAAUACCCCAUUGAACAAUUGGCAAUAUUCUCACUUCUAACAUUUGCCAGAACUCCAUUUUGUACCAUUUGCUUCCCAAUUAUCGAAAACAUAAACAUUUCCAGUUGAAGGCUGGAAACCUGGCUGGGCCACUUUGAGGUUAUGAUCCGACUUUGAAAGGGAGAUUCCCUUGUUUAUGAAUUAGGGAUAGUUGAUAAGUAAAGUCGAUCAUUGAGAAGUAAAGAAUCAAAAGUGAGAGUGGGGACAUGUCCUCAGCAAUCGAUGAAGAAAAUUCUUUUACUUGAAUUGUAGAAAGGGGCAACAGGAGCUUAUGAUCAGGUUCUGAAAACACAGAUUUUCUUGAUCGAAUGUGAAUAAUCGAACAGUUGCGAGGUGCUAUUGAUCAUACCUGAAAAUCGAUAAAUUCAGAUAGCUGUAGUUGGUGGAUGAAAGAAGUAGAUAACAGAUUUGGCUGUCUCUUCUGGUUAAUAAUCGUGAUGAUAACAUUAUGAGAGGCUAUUGAACAUGAUCAAUUGAACAAAUACACAAGAACAAAUUGAAAUUGUAUUAUAAAUAUUUAUGUAAAUGCAGAUGAUUAAUUUUAGGAUUUUUAUAUCGAAAAUGAAAUCGUGAGUUAUUGAAUAUUCGUAUUGAAAUAUUACAGACUUAAGGGUAGAUUAUUCACGUUGAAUGUCGAAUUUGUAUGUAAAUUUUAACUAGGGGGUAGGUUUUUUUAAUUAGUCAGUAAUCACUGAGCUGAACAAAUUGUUUAAAUCGAAGUAAUAAAUAUGCCAAAAUCUUA